CGCGCAUGCGUAUGUCAUUACGGAGGUUCCGGUUGCGGUUGCGGAAAUGUCACAUUUUGUUUAUAAACAAAAAUUGUAAAUCGUUAGCACGGCCUAGUUGGAUUUCGUUGGACUUUCAGCUUGCAGAUCUACCGCAACCAAGGUCAACUAAGGUGCAGCAAUGUAUAAAAAAACCCAACUUCCUGCCAAGAAUGGAAAAAACAGUUCUGCACUUUUGCGCAUAUUACAAAUAGUUUUCCUGAUAUCAAAUGUAUGUUUUAUAUGGACAGUUGUUAAUAUUGCAUCUAAAUUACAACACAUAGAGCCAGAAAAAUUGAACAUUGACACCAGAGUAUCAGAAAACCAGGUGAAUGUAAUUAAAAGAGUGUUGACACAAAAUGUUUCAACAAUUAAAUGGGAUGAAGAAAAUAACAUUGAUUCUUUAUCCUUGGGAAAAACUUUAUCAUUGCAUGUUCUUCCGUCAAAUUUUCUUUGCAAAUCUGGCAGUUCCCGUGGCCAAGGCUGUAGUCCCAGGAAGGAUGACCUCCAAGAUUUAUUCAAGGAAAAGACAACAUCACUUGGAGAUCUGUUUUAUUGGCGAAUUCCUAACUCCACAAUUUAUGACUCCUCUUGUGCCUUUGUGUACCCAGUUACUCAGGGUUUAACUGACACCGAAAGUGCUCUUACCCAAGAAUCUCACACUGAUAACCCAGACAAUGUUGCAUCAGAAGCAGAGCUACAUGUACCUGUACAAGCCACUGAUGCAACUGAGAAUGAUGUGUACAUCCACCCAGGACUUGCAGACAGGCAAAAUCAGCAUAAUGAAGAUGUUGAACUAGAUGCAGAAGGCGCUGUCGGUGGUGAUGGAGCAGAGCUACAUGUACCUAUGCAAGCCACUGAUGCAACUGAGAAUGAUGUGUACAUCCACCCAGGACUUGCAGACAGGCAUAAUGAAGAUGUUGAACUAGAUGCAGAAGGUGCUGUCGGUGGUGAUGCUGUAUCAGCCAACUAUGGUGCAUCAAACACAAAUAACAUGCACAGUCUCAGGACCAGUAGAGGCCAUUACCAAAACAUUCUGGCGGAUGUACAUGGUCUAGGAUAUGCCUGGGGUGAUGUCCAUAAGGCGGUCCUGGAGUAUUUGCGAAUAGCUCAGUCCCUCCAUAAUCUGAGAGCAGAAGACCUUCAAGCGAUCCUGGAUGAGUGGGACACACCUCUGAGCCCCGAAGCUCUUCUUGAGGAAAACAAGAGAUUGCGGGGAAGAACAAAGUGUCACUCCUGCGACGAGAAGGAACUCAAAAUCCUCUUCCUGCCAUGUGGUCACCUGGUUGCGUGUGAAGUUUGUGCUGAGAAGUUUUCCCAGUGCCCUUGUUGUAAAGCUAAAAUUACAGGCAGGGUCCGAGUGUACAUGGGUUAACUUAGGCUUAAAAAGUUUUCCAAGUGUCCUCUCUGUUAUGCUCAAAUCACAGAGGACUGUAGGGUACAUGGUCACAGUCUUCAUUACCUAGAUAACUUGCUCAAUUCAGUUAAAUAUCAUGACAACAAUAUACUGGUUGAUGCGUAUAGAAAAACUUUGUCAGAUUUGUGGACAUGCUGUCAUGAAUAGUGAAUUGGUUUUUGCAAGCCAGACUGGACUACCUUGCUUUAUAAGAUUAGAGGAGUGUUGUUCAUGAAGAGAAAUGGAGUUUGUGUUUUGAGUGAUAAAGCAGUGACCACAUCAGAGUGUUGUGUUCAAUUGAGCAGCAAUAAUUACCAGCAGUAUUCAAUCACAGAACCAAAAGACUAGUCCCCAAUUGUGAUAAAUCAGGUGAAAUCUUGGAUCCUUUCCAGCUGCUGAAACACCAAGACAUUUCAUGUAAUGUGUUAGAAUUUUAUGAGCAGUAUUUUGCAAGCCUCAAUCACAAUCAGGACAAGAUCUCAAAUAGAUGUAAUCUCAUACUUCCAUAUGUGUCAGAUUCUGAUUCUGAUUUUCUGCUAAUCCAUUGGGCAAUGCAACAAUGUGCUUUUAUUUAUUGAUAAAUUAUAAUACUGUUAUUGGUUAACUCAUCGUGGUCAACUCAUUUUUUCAUUGACAACUGUGACUGGUCAAUUGUUUGUGUGAUAUUAUUUAUUAAAGGCCUCUGAUAGGACUUAAUUAUACUCCUCAAAAGAAUUUAAGGACCACAAAAUUAAAGGGCUAUAAUUUCAUCAAUUUAAUUAUUACAAAGAAAACAAUUUAUUAUAUGAACUACAUGAUAUCUGUAGUUAACAAUUAAAUUUCAGUAGUGACCUCACCUUUUGAUCUCAUGUGUUUACCAUUGUUAUUCGCUAUUACAUACUUUAAUUAUAGCCUUUUAAUUUAAUUUAAUUAUUUUGAGGUGUAUAUUAAAAUCUGCAUUCCGAUGCAUUGGUUGUUAAAUUCUGAAUUUCAAGUAUAUUUUAUCAGGGGCCUUAAUUGUUAAUUAGGUAUUAAGUUUAAAAAGAGUUCUUGUUUAUCCAUCAUUGGUGCCAAAAUAAUUUGUUAUGCUGUUAAAUAUACCGAUUUAAUGAAAACAUGAAAGAGUAAUAUUUAACCAUCAUGAACUCUGAUAUUUCUUGUAUGAUCUUGAUACUUAUGCAAACUACCAAAUGCAGAUGCAAAUGCAUAAAGCAGUAGUAUUCAAUCAAUUAUUUUUACUGACAUCCAUGGAAUAGUUUUCUAUAAUAAAUAUAUAAAAUA